CCGAAGAGAGACACACUGCGUGCCUUCUACUUGGCUCUAGUGCAAGCCAAAGCAAUGUAUGGUAUAGAAGUAUGGUACUGGGACGCAUCAUCCACCUCGCGCUCAGCUCUCGACGCUGGGCAAUGCAAAGCCAGUAAAAUAAUCGCCGGCAUUCGCAAAGGCAACCGCAUAGAACAUGCUUUACUGGAGGCCAGCCCGCAGCCACGAAGUACGAUGGUGCUCACCCGUAGCCUCAAAUAUAUGCUCCUGUGCGAAACGCUAGGGGGGCUGUGCGUGACAGUGGCAGAGUGGUAUACUCGACCGACCGCCCCGCAAGACAACUGUAUAACACCACCAUGGCACAAUACCCAGAACCCCCACAUCGAAGCCAGGGUCCCGCCCCUGGCGCCCCUCACGCUGCGGUGGGCAUCUCGAGCACUGUUUCACACAUCGCUUGAAGGUGUCACCGCGGAGGACCCGGACGAGGCCAAGCAUCAAGCAUGUACCAGAUGGAUAGCCCGACACUUCCGCCGGAAGGGACCUAAACCACCCGAUCGCCUCCACUAUGAGCUAUGGACGGAUGGCUCUUUCGAGCUGGGAGUAAAAUCUAGCGCAGCAGCCAUGAUUUACCUCAACGGAGAGCCCAUUGCCCAAGCAAAGUCAGGUGCAGGACCGAUUGCGUGUAGCUACC